AUGGAUUUUAACUCAUGGAACAUCUUCUGGGGUAUAUGUUUUGGUGUAUUGGUGACUUUGAUUAUUGCAGGAAAUAUUCUCACCAUCUGGAUAUUCUUCAAACAGAGACGCCAAAAACGCUCUUAUUCUCUUCUAAUAAGCUUGGCUGUUGCCGACUUGUUGGUUGGGAUUUUUGCUGUCCCUUUUUAUAUAAAAGCAGUUGUAUCACAGGGAUAUGCAUGGUUCCUUAUCUCCAUGGUUGCUGACGUUUUCACUGGGAUAACGUCCAUCUAUACUCUUGCUGUCAUUUCCUUGGAAAGAAUGUUCGCCGUCGGUUGGCCUCUUCGCCACAGAACUGUGAACUAUCGUGUUUACAUCUGCGCUAUUAGCAUACCGUGGAUCACAGCAGCAAUAUUUAUCACUUCAAUGUUGUUAGCGAUACAUAAUAUGAUAGGGAAGGAGUAUUUCUUGUAUUUUCUCGUUUUAACUCCUGGAAUCCCCCUAAUAACUAUAUGUGUAGCAAACUUUGUCGUUUGGAAGAAGCAGAAAACGCCAUUUCGCAGCCAGAAUCAUAUCAAAAGAGAAGUGAAAUUGGCGAAGACACUAGCUCUCAUAACUGGAACAUCGCUUUUUUCCUGGCUUCUUUUCAAAUUAUAA